UGCUUGUCUCUUGUUUCUUCUUCUCCUCUUUUCUUUCUCUUUUACACACCCCACACACUCACAACUUGACACUUAGUUUCAAACAUCAUGGAUCUCAACAUCUGCUUGUAUUGCGAAAAGCGCUUGACAAAAGACAAUAUCAACUUUUGCAGUCUUGCCUGUGAGGCACACGAGGCAUCCAAGUCAUACGCUCUUUCUUCUACCACAACAGCUCCAACGAGUCCUUGCCAGUACAACGCACCACACUACUACGCUUCUUCUUCUUCCUCCUCUUCCUCCAUCUACUACUACAGCAGCAGCAACGACACAGCAACAGCCACUACUGCACCAGUGAUUUCUUACCAUCGACGUCGGUCGUUGUACUAUCCAAAGGAACAUCCCCGGUCAUCCUACUACAGCUCUUCGUCCUCUCUCUCGUCACUCACAUCAUCCACUGCAUCCGACUCUUCACUUUUUGCAUCCUAUCAUCAUCAUCAUCAUACAAGCACAAGUAGCAACAACAACAACAACAACAACAUGCAUCUUCCUCAUCAUUCUUCUUCUUCUCGUCCAACGGCUGCCGACAAUGCGUCCUUGCUCAGCUAUGAAUCUUUGGAUUUGGACACUGUACAUACAUUCUUAUAACUUAUCACAAC